UUCCUCCUCCUGUGGUGUUUCAAAACUGCACUGGGAGAGUUUGCUGCAGCUGAGGGACUUUUCUGAGGUUGCAGCUCAGCACUCAGAGUCCUUCAGCCUCUGGUCAUACGAGCGAGCAGGCACCCAGAGGAGCCAGACUUCCCUUUUCAGGUGCCCACAGCCUGGGGCUGCCUUCUCCACAGUCUGGAUCAGCUUUGCUCAUCAACUGCUGGGAAGUAAUUCUUCAGACACUACAGAGUCGAGGACACAGUGGAAGUUCAGUGUCUCUUUCAGAGCAGAUUGCUGAGGGAAGACCCCACCUCCACGCUCCAGCCUACGCUCACUGUUGCUAAAGCACAGCCUGCCAUUACUGGAACUACCUCCUUUGUCCCUGUGCCUCCCAGUCCAGACCCAAGAGACUGGCGGCAGCGGGUUCCCCCUGUUGCAUGGACAUUCUGCCCCCGAAACUGACAGCUGAGCACUGAAGUUUUGUAACAGAAGAACUGUCAUCCCAGCAUAUGAUUUGGGAGUUAUACGUUGUGACAUGGAUGACUCUGCACUGACCCUUGGCACAAUAGAUGUUUCUUAUCUGCCAAAUUCAUCAGAAUACAGUGUCGGUCGAUGUAAACACACAAGUGAGGAAUGGGGUGAGUGUGGGUUUAGACCUACCGUCUUCAGAUCUGCCACUUUGAAAUGGAAAGAAAGCCUAAUGAGCAGGAAGAGGCCAUUUGUUGGAAGAUGUUGUUAUUCCUGCACUCCCCAGAGCUGGGAUAAAUUUUUCAACCCCAGUAUCCCGUCUUUGGGUUUGCGGAAUGUUAUUUAUAUCAAUGAAACUCACACAAGGCACCGGGGAUGGCUUGCAAGACGACUUUCCUAUGUUCUUUUUGUUCAAGAGCGAGAUGUCCAUAAGGGCAUGUUUGCCACCAAUGUGGCUGAAAAUGUGCUGAACAGCAGUAGAGUACAAGAGGCAAUUGAACAGGUGGCUGCUGAAUUAAAUCCUGACGGUUCUACCCAGCAGCAAUCAAAAGCCAUCAAUAAAGUGAAAAAGAAAGCCAAAAGGAUCCUUCAAGAAAUGGUUGCCACCGUCUCACCAUCAAUGAUCAGACUGACCGGGUGGGUGCUGCUAAAACUGUUCAACAGCUUCUUUUGGAACAUUCAGAUUCACAAGGGUCAACUUGAAAUGGUUAAAGCUGCAACCGAGAUGAAUUUGCCGCUUAUAUUUCUGCCAGUUCAUAGAUCCCAUAUUGACUACCUGCUGCUCACUUUCAUUCUCUUCUGCCAUAACAUCAAAGCGCCAUACAUCGCCUCAGGCAAUAACCUCAACAUUCCAAUCUUCAGUACCUUGAUCCAUAAGCUUGGGGGCUUUUUCAUACGACGGAGGCUCGACGAAACACCAGAUGGACGGAAAGAUACUCUCUAUAGAGCUUUGCUGAAUGGGCAUAUAGUUGAACUACUUCGACAGCAGCAGUUUUUGGAGAUUUUCCUGGAAGGCACACGCUCUAGGAGUGGAAAAACCUCCUGUGCUCGGGCGGGCCUGUUGUCGGUUGUGGUGGACACCCUGUCCUCCAACACCAUCCCUGACAUCUUGGUGAUACCUGUUGGGAUCUCCUAUGAUCGGAUUAUCGAAGGUCACUACAACGGUGAACAACUGGGCAAACCUAAGAAAAAUGAGAGUCUUUGGAGUGUAGCAAGAGGUGUUAUUAGAAUGUUACGAAAAAACUACGGGUGCGUCAGAGUGGAUUUUGCACAGCCGUUUUCCUUAAAGGAAUAUUUAGAAAGCCAAAGUCAGAAACCCGCGUCUGCUCCCCUGUCUCUAGAGCAAGCGUUAUUACCAGCUAUACUUCCUUCCAGACCCAAUGAUGCUGUUGAUGAAGGUAGAGGCACAACCAUUAAUGAGUCCAGAAACGCAACAGAUGAAUCCCUGCGAAGAAGUCUGAUUGCAAAUCUGGCCGAGCAUAUUCUCUUCACUGCUAGCAAGUCGUGUGCCAUCAUGUCAACGCACAUCGUGGCCUGCCUGCUGCUCUACAGACACAGGCAGGGGAUUGAUCUCUCCACAUUAGUGGAAGACUUCUUUGUGAUGAAGGAGGAAGUCCUGGCUCGUGAUUUUGACCUGGGGUUCUCAGGAAAUUCAGAAGAUGUUGUCAUGCAUGCCAUACAGCUCCUGGGAAACUGCGUCACCAUCACCCACACUAGCAGAAAUGAUGAGUUUUUUAUUACUCCCAGCACAACUGUCCCAUCCGUCUUUGAGCUCAACUUCUAUAGCAAUGGGGUCCUCCACGUCUUUAUCAUGGAGGCCAUUAUAGCUUGCAGCCUUUAUGCAGUUCUGAACAAGAGGGGCUUGGGAGGUCCUGCUGGAGGCCCCCACAGCGUGAUCAGCCAGGAGCAGCUGGUACGGAAGGCAGCCAGCCUCUGCUAUCUGCUCUCCAACGAAGGUACCAUCUCGCUGCCCUGCCAGACAUUUUACCAAGUUUGCCAUGAAACAGUAGGGAAGUUUAUCCAGUAUGGCAUUCUCACAGUGGCAGAGCAAGAUGACCAGGAAGAUAUCAGUCCUGGUCUUGCUGAGCAGCAGUGGGAUAAGAAGCUUCCUGAACCUCUGUCUUGGAGAAGUGAUGAAGAAGAUGAAGAUAGUGAUUUUGGUGAGGAGCAGCGUGAUUGCUACCUUAAGGUGAGCCAAUCCAAGGAGCACCAGCAGUUCAUCACCUUCUUACAGAGACUCCUUGGGCCUUUGCUGGAGGCCUACAGCUCCGCUGCCAUCUUCAUUCACAACUUCAGUGGUCCAGUUCCGGAACCUGAAUAUCUGCAAAAGUUGCACAAAUACCUAAUAACCAGAACAGAGAGAAACGUGGCAGUGUAUGCUGAAAGUGCCACAUACUGUCUUGUGAAGAAUGCUGUGAAGAUGUUUAAGGAUAUUGGAGUUUUCAAAGAGACCAAACAAAAGAGAGAAUCUGUUUUAGAACUAAGCAGCACUUUUAUACCUCAGUGCAACCGGCAAAAACUCCUAGAAUAUAUUCUGAGUUUUGUGGUGCUGUAGAUGAUGUGCCGCACCUCUGGCAGUGAAGGACAUGACAUGAGUCCCUCGUAGGCUCCAGCCUCUGUCUUGGGAGUUGAAGGUGCCGUUGCAGGGUCAGGCCUGCCCUGUGCUGAGGUGAUCUCCUGGAAGACAAGUGCCUUCACCUUUCUGUGGAUCUGUAAAAUUUUCCCAACUCUGAGAUGACACAGCAGCCUACAGAUAACACCUGGGGGGACCUCAGCCUCUAUUUGCAGCUCACAAUCAGUAGGUUACAAGAUGAAAUCUCAAUAAAUUAUUUUGGAGUUUAUUAAAGAUUUACAUUUUAAGUACAACUUUUAAGGACUAAUUACUGUGGCAGACACAGAAAUGUAGUUGUAUUCUAGAAUUGAAUCUUGGAUGCUGUACUUAAUGCUGUCAGGUAAUUCACUGCUAUAUUUUCUUAGUCAUGAGUGAUGCUGCCUUUAAAAACAAUCACAUCGUCUGUCCAUUCUUUUUCAGUUGUAUCUUUGUCAGUAGGAGCUAAUUUUUAAAUGGGAGCACCUUUCACCCCCAAAGUGCUUUAUAAAUGAAUAGCUGAUACACAUCAUACCCAGGUUUCACUGUGCUGUCCUUUGCAGUCAGAUUUAAAAAGCAUUUCUAAAAGCUACAUGAAAACAGACAAUAUUAGUUUAGGUCAGGAAUUGAGAUACUGUGAUCACACAGCUAAAUCAGGAAGGUAAUUUGGCUGGCAAAUUCCAAGGUAAACUUGGCCUGAAAACUUGGCAUUAAAAGCUUACGCUCAUAUAAAAAAGUGCCAUUGAGUUUUAAAUGACCAGCAAGUAUUUAAAAACUCCUCCUGUCUUAGAUUUAUACCCCUUCUAACCCCGCAGGUGGGACCUGCCUCUCACAGGGACAGCUGUUUCUUGGAAAUCCUCCGACCCAUUAGCAACUGUCCCAACUUGAUUAGCUUGGCCCAGUGGACUCUGUUAGCAUAUGGUGCUCUGGCUGUGGACCCCUGACCCAGGGCUUCCGUGGACUGUGGGCACGUCACACACUGAACCCCUGUCUGGGCGACUUGUGCCCACCGGAGUUGUGCUGUGUACAACCUGUGCCAUCUACAUGGCGGCCCUACUGACUGGUGAUGGUCAGAGGCAUUUAUGGAUUUUUAGCUUGAGGAAAAACCAUGGUUCUUUAAAAAUAUUUAUGGGCUAUAUGCCUAAACCCUUACGCCCCAUAGUGGCAAAUAAUUAUGAAAAAUUGUAUGUUCAUGAUGGGUCGGUGCCUUUUUGUAAGCAGGGAGCAUAGUUGUUAGUUAAUUGUGGUAAUUAUGGUGAUUUCUUAAAGAUCGUGUAGUUAAAAUAUUUUCUAACAAUUUACUGUCUCCUAUUUCGAUGAUAUUAUGGAAUUAGGAAUUUUUCCAGAUGAGUAUUGCAUAGAUUCCUUGAAUUUAGUAUAAAAGUACUGAGAAUUAAGUUUGUACUUUGAUAAACUUGGAUUUUAAACACUAAUAGUAUCUAGUGAAUAGUAAAUGUGUUUUGGGAGGGGAAGGGACACUAAUUGGUAUUUCACAUUGUAUGAAAUAUCUUGUUUGAAACUCAUAGCAAUAAUGCUAUGCCAUUGUUGGGCAUUGUGAGCCUCUGUCACUCUUCCCAAAUUCUGCAUUUAAAAUGUCUGUCUUUGUCUUUAUAGAAACUCAUGUACUUUUAAGUCACUGUCAGUUUUAGGGGCACCGUCAGUCCUAUGUGGGGUGAGAUACCAUCUUUUGGCAUUCCAUUUUACUGACUAGGGUAGAGGAGCACUUCUUUGUUCUCGGCUGCAUUUGGGGGAUACCCAGGGAGUCUUAUUUAUUCCCCUGGGUGUUCCUUAUUGGGAUUAAGCAUUUCACCCUCUAAAUUGUAGAUCAAGGGUUACUCAGAGUCUCAGCUGGAAAGUCUAGGCUGGCACCAACUUCCAGUGGACAUGGCUGCCUUGCCUGCACUCCUCCAAGAGCUGCUGCUUUGCCAGCCUGGCCAGAGACACUAUGGCUUCUCUUUCUUUAUUUUCCAUCUUGGUUGGUUUGUUUUCCAGAAAUUCCAUCAGAUGCUUUGGGGAAUGCAAUAUAUGAUUUGCUAGCUCUUUGGCCACUUAACUCACUGUGAGUAUAAAUAUGCAUGCUUUUUGUAAUUAACUGGUGCUUUGAAAAUCUUUUUUAAGGAAGAAAAACCUCAACCAAAGUUAUGCUAAUCCAGACAAGCUGACCUUUGAAUUAAUUUCAGCACAACUCAUCCUUCAGUGCCUCAUGACUGAAAAAAAAUGCAUCAUCACAAUAAGGCUUCCAAAUAGCGCUGUUUUGCUAAAAGAUACAUUCUCUUUGUUUCCAACAGCAAUGGCUUCCAUGUAAGGUGAAAGAAACUAGGUGCUUGUAAAUAAUUUAUUACAGUUUACUCUGUUGCAUUUCUGUACAAUGAAAUGCAUGCCCUCCAGGGAAGACUGUGAAUCAUGUUAAAAAAUAAAUAAUAAUAAGCAAUAUAAAACUGCACUCUGUUUUUUAAAAUAAUGUCCUAAGUAAUUCAGAAGAGAGGAAGGAAUUUUUCACUCUCUUAAAAUUUCAAGAACAAUAAAGGCAAACACUAGUGUGAAGUGUGUAGAACUGAGAAAGCAUCGAUUUUCCUUUUUUCAGAUAUAUUACGUCUCAUGAAGUCAUGAAGGUCAGGAGUGGAGAAAAUAUUUCUGGGGUUACAAACGAAUCUAAGCUCAGAGUCUGGAAUUUCUAGUAAUCUGGAGGGGAAAAGACAUCUCCACAGAACAGGAGUGCUCUGUGAGAUGCUCAGCAGUGUAUUGUAGAAAAAGUGUUGGUGACGAAUGAAGUUUGCACGCGGAAACUUGUGGCGCACUUUAGCGUGGUGAGGGCUCAGUGUCUGGCAGUGGACAGCUGUUUAACUCAGCAUUGCCCAGGCUAUUUUGACCCUAGGACCUUUCCCCCCUUUGGGGGACCUGCGUACUUCUCACUAGUGUCCCAGGGAAAGCAUUUAGGGAAACUCUGUUAGGUAGUUCUUCAAGGAGACACAGAGUAAGGAACGGAUCAGAUCGCAGGGAGGAAGAAUUUGCAUGUGUUUUGUACCAUUGAAUAGAUAGACGUUUCAUUCCCGGAGAAAGUAAGCACAGAAAACUCAAAUACAGGUGGUCAGAACGCUUUCUUCUCGUGGAAAGCUCAGUUGUCAAUAAUCCUGGCCUUUUCACUGAAGGUAGCAGAAUUAAUACCAAGAUGAAUUGGGGUAAAUAAGAUUUUAAUUCAAAUCUAGAAGGAAACAUUGCACAGUUAUGUGCAGAUUUUUAUCCAUAGAUAGUACUAGUGUUUAGAAAUGAUAGGUCCUAUCAGUGAGGCUUAGAAGAGCUCAUAUGGGAUGUAAAGCUUUUUUUUUAAAUACUGUUUUUAAGGAAUCUGAGACUUGCCAUCUGGCAUUUUAGUUUAAUA